GGGGCAAUUUUUAUGCAAAUUAGUGCAGAACGGCUGGCUCAUUUACACAUUUUUAGAAAAAGGCAGAUCAAACUUUUAUUUGUCUGUUGAAUUUCACACACGAUGGGUGGGAAGGCACUCCAGAGACCCAACUCAUUUGUAUACACGCAAUUAAAACCUCUGCUCUAUUGCAGCCGUUUUGUCCACUAGAGGGCAGAAAAACAUCAUAUAUUGUCAAUGUGCUGUGGAUAGAAAUGGUUGGGGGGUAACAAUAAGGUCAGGUGAUGACAGCAACUGGCGUGGCGCGUGUUCCUGUCGUGCGCGUGCCUGUCCAUCAUUUUGGCGCCAGGAGGGAGCGCGCGCCCCCUGCGCGUGCGUGACACGUGAGCUGGGAGGAGGGCGCUCGAGAGCUCCACCGCCGCGUACAGCCGGUGAAAUCCACGCAAGCACUCACACACACGCGGGUCGAAUUGCCGAAACGCUGAAAGGGACGGAAUCGGUGGCGGACCGCUUGGGCCCCGAAUUGGAGCAUCUCUGUCCCCCGGGCUGCACCUGGUUCCCUCGCGCGCCUCUGCUCCAGAGGGAGGCCCCGAGCGGCGACGGGAUGUAGCACGGAUUAACGGCGGAGGAGAGCGGCGGGACGUGGAGUGAAGGACAUGGGGAAGGACCAGGAGCUUCUCCAGGCCGUCAAGACCGAGGACUUGCUGACAGUUCAGCGCCUCCUGCAGAGACCUCGGCCCGGGAAAGCCAAGCUCCUCGGAGCAGCCAAGAGGGUGAACGUCAACAUUCAGGAUGCAGAUGGGUUGUCGCCUCUGCAUCAUGCUGCUCUGAGUGGCAAUAAGGAGAUGAUCUCUCUGCUGCUGGAGGCUCAGGCAGCCGUGGACAUUAAAGACAAUAAAGGGAUGCGUCCUCUGCAUUACGCCGCCUGGCAAGGCAAGACUGAACCACUGAAAAUGCUGCUGAAGGCGGGCUCGUCCGUCAACGGACAGUCGGACGAAGGACAGAUCCCUCUCCACCUGUCUGCUCAGCACGGACACUAUGAUGGGUCGGAGAUGUUGCUGCAACACCAGUCCAACACGUGUAUCUCGGACACCGCGGGAAAAACGCCGCUGGACCUAGCCUGUGAAUUUGGACGUGUCGCAGUGGUUCAGCUCCUGCUCAGCAGCAACAUGUGCGCCGCCAUGCUGGAGCCCAAACCCUCCGACCCUAACGGGGUGUCGCCUCUUCAUCUCGCCGCCAAGAACGGACACAUGGACGUAAUACGGUUGCUGAUUCAGGCCGGCAUUGAUAUCAACAGACAGUCCGAGUCUGGUACAGCUCUGCAUCAGGCUGCCCUCUGUGGGAAGACAGAGGUAGUGCGCCUCCUGCUGGAAAGCGGGAUCAGUGCCGGAGUGAGGAACACUCUGAGUCAAACCGCACUGGACAUUGUGAACCAGUUCACCACCACUCAGGCCAGCCGUGAGAUCAAGCAACUCCUCAGAGAUGCGUCUGCUGCCAUGCAGGUGCGAGCGCUGAAGGACUACUGCAACAACUACGACCUCACCAGCCUCAACAUCAAAUCGGGAGACAUUAUUACGGUUUUGGAGCAGCACUCGGACGGCCGGUGGAAAGGGUGCAUUCACGAUAACCGCACAGGAAAUGACCGCGUGGGCUACUUCCCGUCCAACAUGGUGGAAGUCAUCAAGAGGGCAGGUUCACGGACCACGGAGCUGAGUCCUCAGGGUUCUCCUACUUUGGGCCAGCAGAGCAGCACGAGUGAGGACAUCUGGGUGCUGCGCAAACCGCUGGCAGGGGGCGAACGCAGCGGCAGCGUGGGCAGCCUCGGAAGCGCCAGGUCGUCCAGCAGCCUGCAGGGCUCGGGGAACACGCACGUCUUGACCACGCCCGCACCCAGCCCUCAUCCGGCACCGACGCCGGGGGUCAACACGCAUGGCCUUAACGCUCCGGGCCUGCAUGCGCAAGCUGAGGGGGUCAAGCUCCUGGCCACCGUCCUGUCCCAGUCGGUAAAAGCCAAGGAGCAUCUCUUGGAGCAGUCGCAGUCCAUCGAGCAAUCAGCGAGUUCUUCAACUUCCAAUGUUCACGAGCAGCGGCCAUUCGAGCGCAAGACCGAGGAAGACGAUGGGAAAAAGCAGGCAGUGGUGGCAUGGCUGGGUGAGUUUCAGCUGCAGUUCUACACCACCCACUUCCUCACGGCGGGAUAUGAUCUAGACACCGUUAGCCGCAUGACCCCUGAGGACAUGACGGCCAUCGGGGUGAUGAAGCCAGGACAUCGGAAGAAGUUAAUGUCGGAGAUCAGCAAGUUGCCCUCGGAUUGGCUGCCGGACCACAAGCCCGCCAAUUUGGCGGAUUUCCUUUCUCACUUGAGUCUCAGUCAGUACUACCAGGUCCUGGUGCAGAACGGUUAUGAAAACAUCGACUUCAUCUCCGACAUCAGCUUGGAGGAUCUUCAGGAGAUCGGUAUUUCCAAACUUGGCCACCAGAAGAAGCUGAUGUUAGGAGUGAAGAGACUGAAGGACUUACAGAGAGGAAACAUCAGUCCAGAGGCCCGACAGAGUCCGUCCACACCUCCAUCCAGCCCAGGCGGCGGCAGCGUCUCGGAGCCCCGGACAGAGGCGAGGAAACAGCGGGAGGGUGGUUCUAGCCCGUUAGCGAAACCACGCCCGAGUGUCUCUCAAAAUUCCCCCACGCAAACUCCGCCACAAACCCCCACGCACGCUCAAAACCAGCAGGCCUCUCCGAGGGCUCGCCCGCGACCUUCCACCCGGCAGGCGACGGCGGCGGAUUCGCCUGUGCCGACGCUCCGGCUACCCAGCGAGGAGGAGGAGCGACGGAGAACUCACAGUCUGAUUGGCCCCGAAACAGACUCGCGCUACGCCACCGUGUGCCGCAGCAGUUCCGCCCGCAGCCCCGCGGUCGCCAACGACGUCACCGUUAACCGCAGCCAGUCGUCGGUCACACUCCGCCCUCGCCGGAAAGGUCGGCCGCCGACGCCGCCCAAGCGCUCCUGCUCUUCCAUCACCGGGCCUGACGGGGAGGGAGAAGGACCGGGGGAGGGGCUCCUCGGCCUGCCAACUUUUAGAGAGAGGCGAGCCAGCGACUGCGGCAGCCUGGGCUCGGCUUUAAGAGCUCAGGAGUCGGCGGGCCUGGAGAGGUCAGAGGGGGCUUCUGGAAGCGUGCGCAGCCUCGCCGCCAUGCUCGAGACGUCCAUUGUGAGCGGAGCCAAAACCCUGCCGAGGAAUCUGGGAAGCAGCCCCAACUACCUGCAGGUGAGCCCCCCGACACUCCGUCGCCAGACCGGCUCAGGCGGCCUUGGAUCAGAAGAUGAUGACGUCCUGAAUCGACGCAGGACCAUCAGUGGACCAGAAGGCAACGAGGAGGCCCCUCCGCUACCGGCUCAGCAACGUCCAGAACCGCGGCCCCGCUCAACUAUCAUCUCCUCCACCGCCGAAAUCUCAGACGGCUCGGCGACACUUCGGAGGAGACCUCGCCCUUCUCCGACGGACCCCGUAGCGCCCGUGUCUCCCACCGUCGUCACCAUGACAACCGGCUCCGACACAAUACGCAGGAGGCAUCGCGUGGCUGAGCAAUCAGAAGGCCAAAUAAGCAAUAAUCAAUCCGAUUCUUCUAAAAGUCCCAGCGACGGCUGCCAGCAGCAGAACGGUGGCGUGGUUCUGAGGCGGAGGCCCGUGUCGGAAGCAUCAGACGGGACGGAGAAGAGCUGUGAGUGGAUGGAAGCCAGGAAGUCCUUAAAGCCACCGGUCUCGCCCAAACCUUCCUCAGUGACGCUGAGAAAGACGCAAGCUGACCCUCCAACCCCGACCCGACGGGUCCCUAUACCCGGUCCUGAUAGCGCUGACACGACAAACAGUCCUGAAACAAAGCGUGUUCCCCCUCCUGUGUCACCCAAACCUCGCGGCCCUCCAACAGCACCCAAACCAGGAAAACCUGGCGUAGCCUCCACCGCCGUGAGCCCCGCAGCCACCAGCCCCGCGGCCGCCACCCCCUCGCCGACUCCCAAAACCUCCCCCAUUCCCGCUCCCGACACCCCCUCCGCCCCGUCCCUGUCACCAGGGCUCCCCCUUACGUCUCCCUCGCCCGCCCAGAGUCCCUCCACGCCGUCUCCUCACCCCGUCAAACCGCCACGCUCCUCCAUCGCUGGACUCUCCAUCGACUUGGUGGGAGUGCAGGAGGAGGAGGAGAGAAGGAAGGAGAGGGAGCAGACGAAGCACAAAGAGGAAAAUGAGGAAGAGAAGGGGGCGCAACAUGGUUUGGAGGAGACCAGCGCGUCUUUAGCGGCAGCUUUACAGGCUGCCGAGCACAAAAUACAAGAAGACGAUGCACAAAAUGACAAAAAGACAACCGUGUCCAUAUUGGAUGACAUCGGCAGCAUGUUUGACGACUUGGCCGACCAACUGGACGCCAUGCUCGACUGAGCUCCCGGGUUUCGAGUCCUCCUGUCCGUCCUUCGCCGGGUAGCGUCGAGAAACCGCUGCGGAGGCUGCAAAAGAGUGUGUUGCACCCGUGGAUCCAAGAAGGUGUUCUUCACUUGAUGGGUGAUGAUGCCCACCGAGCUCACACACACACACACGCACACACACCUCACAGUACAUGGCCUAUGAUGCUCCGAGCUGACUGAGAAGCACAAUCGAUCUCAUCUCUUCAAACAAGAAGAAAAUAAAAGCACAUGGACUGACUCGAAGGGGAAAGGAAGACAGACAGGAAGCAGACAGUUGAGGGUUAAAAAAAAAAAAACAUGCAAAAUAGGCCGUGUGUGUACUUUUCUGCAGAGAAUGCAGUUGUCCUGCUUCUCUUAUGCGUGGAUGAAGGAGGGCGGUCCACUGAAGCUCCCAACUCGUGUAUGCGUGUGUGUAUCAUGUGUUUCUCCGUUGAUGUCGUUGUUGCUGUUGUCGUCGUCCAGUUCUGAGCGCGUGUCACCCUAUAACAAAAUGUCCUUCCCCCCCCCCCCGAUAAUUCACACUCUUUUUACGCCGGUGAUCGCAACUAUGGGUGUUCAGGAAUCCUAGGGCGGGUACCAAAACACCAGAGGUGGAGGACUUGGACUCACUUGACUUGAUGUUGACUUGAUAUUAAUGAACUUGACUCUUACGGUAUAUAAAAUUUAUCAGAUAAAAACAACAACAAAAAAGACUUUGCCUUUGCUCAGUAAGAUCAGACUUGAGACAUGUAUGACUUACUCCCACCUCUGCAAAACCCAAAUAAACAUACAUUCACUUCCCUUUUUAAUCUUGCUGGUUGUUUUGGUGGUGUGUUUGCUCGAAAUGGAAAUAUUAUGCAACAACGCAUACAAGCACAAGGUGUAAAAUGUUUUGAAAAGAUAAUCGUACAUUUCAAAACUUGAGAAAGUACAUCCAGCAUAGUUCUUGAUAGACAUCGGGGUGUUUGAGCUGCUAGAGCGCCCUCUGCUGUCGGUUAGUAAAACUGCCUCUGCCCCACCUUCAACCCGGUGUCAAUUAUUUAUUUACUCUGCAUCUCUCUGUGCCUUGGUAGCGUUCUUUCAUGCUUUCUUCUGAUGUCGUUGUUUGCCUACUUUUUCCACUUGAAUGAAUCUCCCAGUGUAUCCAUGUUAGAAGACGCUUGUAGGUUUAUGACCAUUGAGAAGCAUUUUUGCAAGCCGUUCUUUAAGCUGUUAGAAGCCAUCUUUGCUCUUUCCCUUCCCUCUAAACUCCCAAUUUCCACAGGAGAAGUCCCCCAAUAAAGAGCCCACCUGUAUUUUUAUGCCCUUCCCAAAAAGAUCCAAAUAUAUAUUUGAGAGAUGGAUAUAUGCGAAUAAUAACAAUAUUGGUGAUGGAUCAGAGGCUAGCUGAUUAAAUCUACAUUUAUGGCUGAAUGUGUUGUGAAAGCUGUGCCACAGUCGGGUCUCAAGGUUUUGUUUUUCUGCUAUGACGAUGCAUUCAUGUACAGAUGUGAACAGAAUAAAUGUAAGGAUUAAACGUG